GCGAGGCCUGUCUUUGGAUCCGCCUCACUAGGCAAACAGCAGAAGAGGAAAAUCCGGGGCAUGGCAUCAUGGCGUCUCUUCCGAACCUUUUUCCUGCUUCAAGACAUGCUAGGAUCCAUGUUCCAUGUGCCGAUAUGAUCGACAUGCUACACAGAGAAUGCGGCAUUGCUACCACAGGGCACAGAACAAGAACAGAAAGCAAUGAUGAAGCUAGGUCAGCGGACACUUGAUGAUAUUUGUAUGCAUGUGUUGGUACAUAAUUGCCUGUCAUGGCUCAAGGUCGCAAGCCAAGUGCCAUUUAGUUGCCAGUGACCACAGAAUGAGACGCAAUAUUGUCGCACUUUUACUUGCAGCUGGAUUGGCGGAUGGAAGCCAGCUGCAAACAGCAUUUCAAAGCUUGGUUGAUGGUUUAUCUCAAAAGUAUGGCUACGCUAUGCAAAUUGCUUGGAGGUCUGACAUAGAGGACUUCACAGUAGCAGCAGGUCAUCAUGCCAUCACUGGCAAAGCCGUUACCGCGGAAGACACCUUUGCAUUUGGCUCGGGCACAAAGCCCUACACUGCAGUCCUUCUCCUGAAAUUGGCAUCUGAAGGAAAGAUUGAGCUAGAUAGGCCAGCCUCAGAAUAUGUGGAUGGCAUCCUUAAGCGCAUGAAUGGCACCUCUAUGGUGGGGCUUUUUGGAGCAGAUGCGGCGAAGGUCACUGUUGGCCACCUCUUGCGCAUGCAGAGCGGCUUGGCGGACUUCGACGUCUCUGGCUUCGAUGAUGCAUUGCUGAAGCAGGGUGGUUCUGUCCACAGCCCGCUGGAGUUUUUGCAUGCAGCGGCCAAGCAAAGCCCAGUGUUUUUGUGCAAUCCGGGGCAGUGCACGAGCUACACCAGCCAUUUGACGGAAACUGUGCUGACGUAUGCUGAGCCUCAAAGGUUUGAUCAUGUCCGAUCGGUGGUUCCUGGUGAGUGGUUCCUGCGUCCAACGAUUGCAGGCACCAACUAUGUGCUUGCUGGUUUUGUGGCGUUGGGUGCAGUUGCUCCAACAUCCGAUUGGACAAGCCUUGACCAGGCUCAGAUCUUUCCUCAGCCAGCAAGUGCAAAGUAUCAGAAGUGCACCUUUGCGGACACCGGCAGCUUGAACAAAACUUUGGACAUCCCAGGCGCCGCCGGGAGUUUUCUUCGAAGGACACAAAUCUACGGCCAAGAUGCCUCCAUUUUGGGUUGGACCUGUGGCAACCUCAUUGCGCCCGCGGGAUCUGCUGCUGAGUUUUUCUACGAUCUAUUGAUUGCCAAGCGAAUCGUCCCAUCGGAAAUGGUUGCGAAGAUGCAGGAGUUCGCUCCGUUGAACGUUGGCUGGGCAAAGGGUAUGAUCCAAUAUGGAACUGGUUUGAUGAUCCAGCAAGCAAGCUGGAAUGCAACUUACCCUCCGGUGAUGGGGAGCUGGGGGUCCUACGUUGGUCAUGGAGGCGAUACCUACGGCUUCCUUUCUGAGUCUGGUGUGCUCUCGCAAUUCAACGCCUCAUUCUCAGCCACUGCCAAUGAGGAGUACCUGGGCCCCUUUGUGAAGAAUGUGAUGGUUUGCACCAUGAUUAGAGUGGCUGCAAAAGUGCUUUUGGACCAAGAUGUGUUCUUGAAGUGCGGAGUGCGACCCUUUCCUCAGAUUGUCGUUUAGGGGUUGGGUGCUCUUGGCACCGGACCUCAAUUUCGUUUCACCUUACCCGAUGCUAGAUGGUGCAUGAGCUAUCCCCAUGCUAGGUUUUGACAGCAUUCAGUCAAGCACAACCUUUUGGGCCUGCAAUUGGGGGAGCAUGCGAUCAUGCAAAUUUCCCUCGCACAGUGCGGGGAUGCCAUCAGUGGUGGACAAACAGGCCAAUUGGUUUGCUGUUGUUCAAUGUUUGCUGGUGUUUGAGCGCACUACACCUCAGCAACUUUUCAUUGGGGGCAGAAGUUUCCCGGCAUGGCUCGAGCACCUUUGCGGUGGCAAGCACAAUGAGUUUGGAC